UAUACAUUUAUGUACGUAAACGAAGAUUUAAGUUUGUUUUUUCCAUAAUUCAACAAUUACUCAUCGAAUUAGAUGGAAAUUUUGUAUAAGACUGGGCUGGCCGUGUGCUGGCACGAAUAAAUAUGAAAGUGAGAAUACGCGAUAAAAACGGUAUCAUGCGUGGAGUGGCGGGAGAAUGCAAGUAAAUAUCAGAUCAGCUGAUGAGUGACAACAGACAGACGAAGGCCUAUUGUUCUUGUUCUUGGUUAUGGCGACAAGCAGUUCUGAUGGGUCCUGUACAGCACCUGCAGAUUUUCAGCUUUCGUCAGAGCUGGAAGACGUUUCGAACCGUUUAAGCGUUACUUUAUUAAAGUGUCCACUGUGCCAUAAUAGUCGUCGAAUUUUUUACUGUCGACAGUGUAUUCAAAAUGGUGAUUUUAUUCAUUCAACUUCUGUUUAUUCCGAACGAUUUGCAGAUAAACAAUUGCGACUUUUACGGCUGAAAGCUGCAAGAGCUCAGCUGGAAGAAAAAUGUGUAAAGGCUCUUGAAAAACACAAACAACGGGAUAAAUUGAUAUGUGAUAUAAAUACUUGUAAAGAAAGAGUAAGGCUACUCCAAUCGUUAGUGAAUGAAACCAGACAAAGUAUAAACAGAGGUAAUCAACGUUUAAAUGUUCUGAAAGAUGUAAACUCUCAGUUAGCUCUUAGAUUACCUAGACACGAAGAAAGAGUAGAAAAAUUACAUCGAUAUGUUACCGGUUUGAGAGCAAAGCAAGAGAAACAAAAGGAAGCGGUAGAUAGAAAAAGGCAACAGUUGAAAAAAGUGAUCAGAACUGCUGCAAAACAAUUGAUACAAUAUAUUUUUCCUUUAUCUAAAGUUCAAUCUAGCAGAAGUUUAUGUAGCAGCGAGGAAGGUACUAGUUCAGAUAUUGUAACUUGUGCAUUGGCAGAUGCAUCUGGAACCUCGUACGUUAGAGGGAGAUGGAUUAACGAUACCGAAAAUGCUUCGGAAAUUCAACACCGUAUAGUUGCUCCUACUUUGCCAGGAACUGGUGAUUAUAGGGCUUAUUCUCUAUGGGUGGCAGCAAACAAAGACGGAGUGCCAGGUGCAAAUAAAGAAAAUGCGAUGCACAAUCCGGCAUACAAUAUCAGUGCUGCUUUAACUUAUGCUACACAAUUGGUUAAUAUUAUUGCCUAUUAUGUUAAUGUAAGACUACCAUAUAAACUUGCUUAUGGUGAAUUCUGUGCGAACGAGAUGUCGGAUCAAAAAUUUGCGAGAAAAGUGGCAAGGCUCAAUAAUAACGUGUUACAUUUAUGUUUCACACAAAAUACCAACAUCGCGGUUUUACAUCCAAUGCAUACUUUACAAAAUCUAAUGCACUUGCUCAAUACUGAAAUCAGUGAUCUUGGAAGAAUUGGUCCAAUGGAAGUUGAUUCAAAUAUUGUAGCACAAUUGCAUAGUCAAUUACUUCCAGAUUUAGAAAAUAGCGACGACUCUGCUUCCGACGAGGAGGAAGAUGCUUUUAAUUGGGAAUGGGAAGCUGUACCGAAUGUUGCAUGCCCUGAAAUGGCAGUUCCCAUCCCUGGUGCAAUAAUUAGUCAGCAAUCGUCAAGUAUGCAAGUGAAUCAGAGUGUUGCUGGUGGUUUGGUAACAAGUGCAGCGGCAAGCAUAGCUUCCAUCUGGCGUGGAUGGACGACUAACAAAUAGACUGUACCAUUUUACUAGCUAACUUCUUUUUAUACAAAUUGUAACAGCAUAUGUAGAGAACACAUAUGUAUCAAAAGACACAAACAUUGACGAUGCUUUAAAACAUGCAAAGAAAACAGUGUGUCGAGGGAAGUGGGUGUUCAUGUACUGUAAAUAUAUUGUAUAUGUAUGAAUUCAUUAAUUCAUGUAUGACACGUGAAAUAGUUCGAUUCAGUUAUGAAAGGUUUCGUGAGAUCUGAUAAUUAGUUAUUUUAAACCAUUUAUGUAAUAUAUUGAUUUGUAUUGUUACUUGCAAUAUAAUUCCAAACACCGAGUACACUUGUGAUAGAGAUAAAGGUCAUAAUUCUUUGGUACAAAUUUUUCAGUGUACAAUAUAAUACGCUACAUUUUCAUUAUUUACUUGUGAAUAGAAUUCAUUAAUAAGAUAUACGUGAGUUUAAAAUGACUGCCUUUUUUACGCUCACCACACUUUGUGUGAUUAUGUGUCUGUUGACGACGUACACAUAAUAAUAUGCUUUGCGUCAGAGAUGUCAUCGCUACCGUUGCAAUCUGUUGUCCAUGUACUUUCAACUUAUCAGCAGUUUUUACAUAAAGUUCCAAAUUUCAUGUUAUUUUGUUCCCCUGCAAGAUAUGCAAUCAGACAAAUCAAGUAAUAAGCUUGCUACUUAAAGACUACUUAUCUUAAUGUAUUUCACGAGCGUUGCAAUGUUUUUUUUUUUUUCUUUUCUUUUAUCUGAGAACGAUAUUUUAACAAAAAUUAUUCUUGUGUAGGCAUACCAUAUUUCAUGUAUAUUUUUGGUCAUAUAUUAUAGAAAUAAGACAAGACCUGUUAAACACUUCAUACCUGACAAAAUACAACAUGAAUGUAAGGGAGAUUUUAUUAUGUUAAUCAGUUUCGAUUAUAUUUAAUUAAAUUUAAUAGUAAUAUGUAUGACAUCAAAAUGAAUUUUGUAUUUGAAAUGUUGUUAAAGUCAUGUUAUGUAGAUUGAAUAAGGGAUAGUAUGUAUGUACAUAUAUUACUAUCAGAGCACGAAUGCAUUAAUAUAAUGUACUUGCAUCAGAAAAUAAUUAUUUUUUAGGGGGAAAAACGUGAUAUGUAAUUUCUGCAGAGAACGGAAUUUUUCUAAUCGUAUAUUUCAUUUAGUUAAUUCGUGAUAAUACAAAGUGUUUGGUACGUAUGUAUUAUAUGUAGGAAUGAAGUGUUCUUUAUUUUACCAAUUACACAUUUUGUUUGUAAUUCACGUACCUAUUAGAAAAGAGUUGGUUAAAUUUUUGCGCACGUAAUAAAUGUUAAUCUUCGAUUCCACGUAAUCGCGUAAUAGAAAACGGAUAUCAUAAUUCGUUGAUAGUUAAAUGUAACAUAAUUACGAUGACAAUUUACUCGCAAGUACAGUAAUACAAUUUAUUUGACUAAUAUUCUUCCUCUUGCGUACGAGACAUCACAAAGAAUAUUUAUCGAAUUAAAUUAUUCCUUGUAAUCGUUAAGGUAAGAUUACAAUGAAACAUAAAAUUAUCUCCUGUGCAAAUAAACAAAAUUACGUAUAGUUACAUUUCAUUAGGUAACUUUACACAUGUCCGAUUUUUUGAAAAAUAUAGCGUUUUAUAAAUUAUAUUGUACGGACAAACUAAUUUUAUGGAAUGAUAAUUAAAUUAUAGUACAUGAUGUUAAAUAUAAAUUGAAAAUUUCUAUGCAAACCAGCACAAAUUUGUAAAUAUUAUUUAAUAGGUAUAUUUUGAUGCAAUUGCCGUUAAUCGUAACAUUAAGGAAAUUCAAUAACACAUUAGACUUAAUGUGCUUUAGAAAAAGUAAA